UAUAGGUCAGAGGUCAGAUUUAGAAACAGCAUCAGAUAAAGAUGACAUUAUUUGAGACGAUCUGUUUGAUGUCAGCAAUAUUUGCAGCUGUUUACAUCUACAUAACCAAAAAUUCUAACAGAAAAUCAGUUGAAGAUUUCCCCAUCAGGUUUUCUAAUGAUAAAAACAAGAAUGAAGAAAAGGAACACUAUGAUGUAGCUAUAGUGGGAGCAGGACCAGCAGGGUCAACAUGUGCUUAUUUUCUGGCACAGAAAGGAUGGAAAGUGCUGUUACUGGAGAAAAAGAAAUUUCCUAGAGAUAAAUACUGUGGAGAUGUUGUGUGUAGAACUGCUAUAGAAAUAUUGAUAGAGAUGGGAGUUUAUCAACAUUUGAUCAAAGAGAACAAGGCACAUGUUGUAGAGGGUGGGGGUUUAUGUAGUCCUGGAGGAUUAAGCUAUAUUGGAGGAAGAAAAACAAAAUUUGGAGAAAUACCAGCAGCCAUUGCUUGUAAAAGAAUCUUAUUAGAUGAGAGUAUUGCCAUGGCAGCAAAAAGGAUGGGGGCAGAUUUAAAAGAGAACUGGCCAGUGACAGAAACUAAAUUUGACGAAGAUACUGGACUAUGGACUGUAUACAAAUACGGUACAACAGACACAUUAACCUCCAGGGUGUUGGUAUGUUCUGAUGGUGCCCCUUCAAGACUUGCCACAAAAUUAGGUUUAGUGACACGCCCACCAGAUAGCACAUGUUCCAGAACAUAUGUAGAAGGUGGUACACAUAAAUUUGAUGCUGAUGGUGUAGUAUUUUAUAAUAAAGAAUUAUUGCCAGGUUACUCAGCAUUAUUUAGACAUCCUAAUGAUAUAUUGAAUUACUGUGUAUAUGUCAUUCCUGGAAAUCCUAAAGCAGUUCCUGAAAAGAUAGACUAUUGGCAUAAUUGGCUAAUGAAAAAAGACCCAAACAUUAGCAGGGCACUUGGGGAUAACUUCAAAAUGGAAAAAAUGAAAACAGCCAGUUUAAGACUAGGUGGAGAAAAACGUACAUAUGAUGACCAUGUUUUAGUAGUAGGUGAUGCUGCAGGAAUGAUAGACCCGAUGACAGGUGAAGGAAUACACCAUGCCAUGGAGGGAGGUAAAAUAGCAGCCAUUUUUCUGGAUGAAGCAUUGAAUCAUGGGAAUUAUGAUGCAGAAUGUAUGAAGAUUUUCCAUCAGCGAUGGAUGUCUCAAUUUGGAGAUGAUUUUAAAUGGUCUAUGGUAUUCAGUCAGAUGAUGUACAAAUUCCCCAUACUCCUUGAUGCAUCUACAGCUGCCCUGCAAAGAAAGGGAGAUAAAUUUGUUGCCAAAUGGGCUGAUAUAAUGACAGGCCGAGUUCCAAAGAUUCACAUGUUAAAACCAGAAUUCUCAUUUACAGUUAUAUAUGAAUUGGUUCGAUUAAUAUUGCAGCGACUCAAAGGAUCUAACGGCAAACAGAAGAAAGCAGAAUAACUUGGACAACAAUUAACAAUAUGAUGAAAAAUUUCAAUCAGUAUUAUGAACAUUUUUUUAGUUUUUAUUGUUUAAGAUUGUUAUGAACCUUUUGUCCAUUAUUGCCAAUGAAAAGUACUCAGAGUACUGGUAUACUUUAAUUUUUAUAUACAUUUUAUUUAUUUAUUACGUGCCUUAAAAGGAACAAAACAUUGUUGAAUUUAAUUGUAAUAAUGUUGAGAUAUUUUGUUUCUUUACAGAGAUGUUAUAGAAUAACAUUGUUUUUGCAUUCCAUGUAUGAAUUUCAUGUUGCCUGGUCAAUACUUUUACAUUGUAAAUCCUAUUUUAUGUUAUUUGAUUGGUCGAUAUGAUUCAGAGAUGUUAAAGAAUUACACUGUUUUUGCAUUCCAUGUAAGUCCUAAGUCAGGAACCUGAUGUUCAGUGGUUGUCGUUUGUUGAUGUGGUUCAUUAGUGUUUCUCGUUUCUCGUUUUUUAAAUAGAUUAGACCAUUGGUUUUCCUGUUUGAAUGGUUUUUCACUAGUCAUUUUUGGCGCCCUUUAUAGCUUGCUGUUCGGUGUGAGCCAAGGCUCCUUGUUGAAGGCCGUACUUUGACCUAUAAUGGUUUACUUUUACAAAUUGUGACUUGGAUGGAGAGUUGUCUCAUUGGCACUCAUACCACAUCUUCUUAUAUCUAUAUAAUUUGUAUGUUGCCUGGUCAAUACUUUCACAUUGUAAAUCCUAUUUUAUGUUAUUUGAUUGUAUUGGUCGAUAUGAUUCAGAAAUGUGAUAGAAUAGUAUUGUUUUUGCAAUUCAUGUAUAAUUUGUAUGUUGCCUGGUCAAUACUUUUACAUUGGAAAUCCUAUUUUAUGUUAUUUGAUUGGUCGAUGUGAUUCAGAGAUGUUAAAGAAUUACAUUGUUUUUGCAAUUCAUGUAUAAUUUGUAUGUUGCCUGGUCAAUACUUUUACAUUGUACAUCCUAUUUAUGUUAUUUUGAUUGGUCAAUGCGAUCAGAAAUGUUAUAGAAUAACAUGGUUUUUGCAUUCCAUGUUUAAUUUGUGUGUUGCUUGGUCAAUACGUUUAAAUUGAAAAUAUAUUUUUAUAUUAUUUUGUCUGGUGAACAUUAAAAGUUCUGUUAUUUAUGUUA